AUGUCCGUUAAUAUACUAAACCGGCAGGCAGAUAGCCUCCAGGCUAUGGCUGCUUUAGCCACAAAUAUACACGCUGCCAAGAGCCUGUGCGACAUCGUAAAGACAAACCUCGGACCUAAAGGUACAUGUAAAAUGCUAGUCAACGGUGCAGGGAACAUUAAAAUCACAAAGGAUGGCAGUGUGUUACUUAGCGAAAUGAUGAUACAACAUCCGACGGCAAUGAUUCUAUGCAGAGCUGCUUCUGCAAUGGACGAGAUCACCGGAGAUGGAACUACCUCAAACGUAAUGUUAUCGUCCAACCUUAUGAAAAACAGCGAGGGCCAUAUAUUAUACGAGGGUGUACACCCUAAGUUUAUCACGGAUGGAUUCUCAGUAGCACUUGAAAAGGCACUAGAGGGUAUCGCCGAGCUUAGAGUUUCAGUCGGCCCCGCAGACAAACUCGACUGGGAAAUUCUUGCCAACGUGGCCAAAACGUGCGCUUGUACCAAACUACCACGCUCAUUGGCACUACACAUCGCACAUGGAGUAUUGGAAUCUAUUAGACUGAUUUAUCGACCCAACGAGUCCCUCGACCUUUUCAUGAUAGAGGUGAUACACAUGCGCCACCGCCUCGCCUCAGAGACACAACUCGUGAGAGGAAUGGUACUGGAUCACGGUGCAAGACACCCAGACAUGCCGAAACGCAUUAAAAACGCAUUCAUUCUCACACUCAAUUGUUCACUAGAAUACGAGAGAAGUGAAGUACACUCUGGGUUCUCGUACUCAAGCGCAGAACAACGGGAAAAACUUGUAUCCUCCGAACGCCGAUUUACGGAUGAAAAGGUCCAAAAGAUCAUUGAUUUAAAGCGUAAAGUAUGUACACCAGAGAACGGACGCACUUUCUGUGUCCUUAAUCAGAAGGGGAUAGACCCUCCAGCGCUCGACAUGCUGGCACGCGACGGUAUUGUCGCCCUGCGCCGUGUAAAACGCCGUAACAUGGAACGUUUGACUCUUUGCUGUGGUGGAAAUGCCUGCAACAGCGUGGAGGAUCUCUCGGAAAAGGACCUAGGUUUUGCGGAAGUUGUUUACGAGCAGAUGGUAGGAGAGGAGAAGUAUACCUUUGUCGAGGGAGUACAAAACCCGCGCAGCUGCACGAUACUUAUCAAGGGAUCGAGCGACUACAGCAUCGCUCAGAUUAAGGAUGCUAUCCGUGACUCUCUACGUGCCGUCAAAAACGCAAUCGAGGACGGAUAUGUGCUCCCGGGCGCAGGUGCUGUGGAACUACAUAUAUACAACAAACUAAUGAAGCAUGCGGCACAGGUCAAGGGAAAGGCAAGAUACGGUGUCCAGGUAUUCGCGGAGAGCGUCCUGGCUAUACCGAAAACAAUCGCGGACAACGCCGGACUCGAUGGUCGUGAGGUGGUAUUGGAGUUGCUUGAUAUUGAGAGCGAAUGCGGAAGAAAUGUAGGCAUAGACCUUGCCACUGGAAAGUUCCUCAUACCUGCGGCAGAGGGGAUAUGGGACAACUACAAUGUCAAACAGCAAACUAUCACAAUCGCCACAACCGUGGCUCAGCAGAUGCUCUUAGUCGACGAAAUCAUCAAGGCUGGUAGGUCAAUGAGUGCCAAGCCGACGUGA